AUGAGUGCGAGCAUCCUGGCCAUCAGGACGGACGGCCGGCCGUCGAUCUCCCAAGCCGUCCAUGUGAAGGAUGCGGGCGGCACGGUCCCGUCGGCUGAGUCCGAAGGUGUGCAAAAGGAGGGCAUUGAGGCCGUCAUACUUGGCGGUUGUGGGUGGAUCCCGCAGAGUAAAUAUAAUGACAUUUUAUCAAUAUGUUAUUCAUUUAGGACAUCAGGAUUUCAAGUUCCGAAGGUUCACAGUUCAUCUGGUGCUCAGGAAACCUACCAAAAGAUGAGCAGCAAAAUUGUUUCACCAAUUCCUCCUCCAUUUGAUAGUUGCAACAGUGUUCAGACAGCAACCGCUGAAUGUGGCAGCCAACAAGCUGAUUGGAACCAGGAGGAACAACAUAAACCAAUGGCAAUUUCUACCUCAGAUAUUUGCCCGAUUCAGAGAGACCAUCCAAAACAACAAGAAUUUGCAACUGAAAAUGCCAAGAAGAGAGGCAAAAAAAGCAAUACGUUAGCUGAGGGUGAAGUAGACGUGGGAAUGGGAAAGGGAUGGAAAACACAGUCUGAUUCUGAUCUCCCAGUCAGAGUGGUAACACUGCAGACCGAUGGACUGCUCCAGAUGGGGGAAAUGAAAAAGAAUUUGCAAUCUCGGCUAGACGAGCUCCAAGUCAAUUUUCAGACUGGGGUGAAUAAGCUUCAGAAUGCAUUUGAGUCCGGUAAUAGUCAGGUUGAAUUAAGUGUGGCCAAAGUGAGCUCUGCUGUCACUUCAGUUGAGACCACACUGCAGAGUGUGGAUUCUAAUCUAGGCACAAUUAACUCCAAUCUGUUGCAGCUCCAAGAAACAGUUGAAUUUGGUUUUAAAGAGCUCACCCAGGAAGUUGCUUCUCUAGUCAAGUGGCUGUGCCAGAAUCUAGGUGCUGGACCUGCAGAGAAUCAGCCUAUUCUGUCCAUCGACAAUGAAACUAGUUGAAAUGAUAGAAUGGAAAGCGAGGGAGCAUCGGGGCAUGCUACAGGAACUGUUCCCAAAUACACAGCUGAAAACCAUACACAUUCCCACAUCAGUGGAAAAUGCACCAUUUUUGCAGGUGUCUGCUCUAUUUAUCAAUAUCCUUUUAAAAUCAGUACCUACCUGCAACCAUAAUUCAUGAAUGGAAUUUGAGAAUAUGGGGGCGGUUCUGCUGCCAAUAAACAGUUUACGAAAUUGUCUUUUUCCAAUCAUAUAAGAACGGGUGGGGGAAGAGUAUGUGUAGUUGUACAAAUGUCUUCAGAUCAAUCACUUCAUCCAUCUUGUAGAAGCAAGGAAUUGCAGAUGCUGCUUUACACAAAAGGAUACAAAGUGCUGGAGUAACUCAGCAGGUCAGGCAACAUCUCUGGAGAACAUGGAUAGGUGACGUUUUGGGUCGGGACCCUUCUUCAUCCAUCUUAAUAAGUUCACCAACAAAUAAAUCCACUAAACUAGCAAUCCAUUCAAUGCUCUGCCUGUGAAAAUGCAAAUCUUAAGCAUUAUUGAUAAACAAAAUGGGUUUCAUGGUCUGUGCAAAGUGACUUGAUGUAUUCAGUUAUACUUUGGAUAGUCUAAAACCUGUAAUGUUCAUUAACAUCACACUACAUUCUAUUAAAAUGUGCAACAAGAUCUAAAACACAGUUAAAACACCCACAAAUUUAUCAGCUGAUCAAACUGAUGCUCUGUGAUACACAGGAAUGUGGCAUUGCUGAAUAUGCAGUCCUUCAGGUGAAAUGAUAAACUAUAUCUGCCUGGUUCAAUACCCUAGACACACAAAAACAACUGCUCAAUGUCAUAGGUCUAUUGGGGUUCAUCGAGAUUUUUAUUUCAGACAAUACCAUCAAGAGCAGAUUAAUUGGUCAUAAAAGUUUUCAAGAGUAAAGAGUUUAAUGUCAUGCAGCAGAAAUGGAACAAUGAUAUCCUUACAUGCUGCAGUUUUACAGGGGCAUUAAUGCAACACAAUAAAUAAAUAUAUAAUAAUCAUUAAUGCCAUACAUUAUCAGUAUUGCUGGGUAACUAGAUCAUAACAGUGCAAACGAAAGUACGUAGUGCAAACUAAAACAAAAUCCAAGUGACUGGUUGCUGAGGUAUUGUUUAUAUAGGUACAUAGAAAAUAGGUGCAGAAGUAGG